AUGAGCGACUGGCUCCAAAUACUGCACAAGAUGGAACACGAGGCCGCCAUGGUCACAGAGGCUACCGACAUCGGUGAGGGGAAAAGCGAGGGGAGUGACAGGGAGGAAAUAACCAUGGCCCCCGCCCACAUGUCGCACCACCCUUCGCGCCGGCAUGACAUUGCAAGUGAUCUCAGAGAAUACGCCCGCCACCUCCAAGUCAACAUGAAAAUGCGGAAACGCUGUCAGUGGCGGCUCGAAAGCGCCAUUGCUGCUCUCGAGGACACGGACUCGGACCUUGGACAGUAUCACCUCUGGACUCUUGGGAAGCCGACCACGUUCGACCACAAGACCGAGUGGAAGAGGAACUGGGGCGAGGAAAAAGUUGCCUUCUACAAGGCCAAGAUGGAUCAGACAAUGACGGUGUGGGGCCAGCUCGAGUUCGAACGAGACCAGCUCCUUGCCGACAAGCGGCUGUUGCAUCUUGAGAACAGCCAUACCUUUACGGAUUUCAUAAAGCUCAAGAGGAGGUCGGACCCGAGUGUUGAGGAGGUGGAGGACAUGUCUUGGGACUUGGAAUGCCCCGCGUGCAAGGAGGAGGCAGAGGAGGCGGCAGCCCGCAAAGCUGAGCGUAAGGCUUGGUGGAUGUUGCCCAGGAUUUCUCUUUCACGUCGGUUGUGA